GGUCCCCCCGCGCCCCACGAGCCCAUCAGCUUCGGCAUCGACCAGAUCCUGGGCGGCCCCGAGCCCACGGGGCCGCACCGGGCGGCGGCAGAGCCCGACUACGGGCUCUACGGCAGCGGGUACGGCCCCGCCGGUCCGCUCGGCUCCUACAACCUCAACAUGAGCAUGAACGUGAGCGUGAACGUGACCCCCGCGCCCGCCGCGCCGCCCGCCGGAGUCAUCCGCGUCCCGGCGCACCGGCCCGCGCUGCCGGGGCUCACCUUCCCCUGGAUGGAAACCACUCGCCGCAUAGCCAAGGACCGGCUCUCAGCCGCCCUGUCACCCUUCGCGGCGACGCGGCGCAUCGGGCACCCRUACCAGAACCGGACGCCUCCCAAGCGCAAGAAGCCGCGGACGUCCUUCUCCCGGGUGCAGAUCUGCGAGCUGGAGAAGCGCUUCCACCGGCAGAAGUACCUGGCCUCGGCCGAGCGYGCCACCCUGGCCAAGGCCCUCAAGAUGACGGACGCCCAGGUCAAGACCUGGUUCCAGAACCGCCGCACCAAGUGGAGGCGUCAGACGGCGGAGGAGCGCGAGGCCGAGCGGCAGCAGGCCAACCGGCUGAUGCUGCACCUGCAGCAGGAGGCUUUCCAGAAGAGCCUGGCGCAGCCGCUGYCGCAGGACCCGCUCUGCAUGCACAACUCCUCGCUCUACGCCCUGCAGAACCUCCAGCCCUGGGCCGAGGACAACAAGGUGACGUCGGUCUCGGGGGUGGCCUCUGUGGUGUGAGGGCCCUGGGUGCUGCCGAUGUGCCAGGAGGUGGCACCGAGCCCGGACUGUGGCAGGGAAGGGGCUGCAGCUUCCUGGGAGCUCCCCACCGGCAGCCCCCUCCCCGCUGUGGACAGCUCCCCAGGACCACCCGGGAGGGAGGCUGUGCCCCUGCGGUUGGACCCAAAACUUCGCCAAAUCCCGCUGGAUUUGGUGCUGCCUGGGAGCACAGGGAUGGGCCUCCACACCCUAUGGACCUCUGCAGCCCCCUGCCUGACCCCCCAGGAGCCCAGGGCUGGGCCCCUGCACCCCACAGAUGUGUGUAGCCCCCUGCCCAGACCCGCGGGAGCCAAGGGCGGGGUCUCUGCACCACAUGGACACCUGCACCCCCCUGCCCGGACCCCUGGGAGCCGAGGGAUGGCUUCCCACAGCUGGCAGGGCUCUGAAGCUCCCCCACCAGCAGCUCCACGGAUCAGGCUGGCUCYCCUUGGGCCCCCCAGCCCACCUGGAGCAGGGCAGGGCGUGGAUCUCCCAUCGCUGGUGCUGGGAGCCCCCCGCCCUCACAGCGGGGUCUGCACCACCCGCACCGUUUGCCUUAUCCCGGUCGGAGUUUGSCACCUCCGGCUUCCAUCUGUGCCCUCCGGGCUGGACGAAGGACUUGGCCCCAUCCYGUGGUAGGACAGACCGAUGGCCGGUGCCCCCCAGCCCCCCUCCCUGGACA